AUGUCGCGGUCAUUGCGGUCGCGUCCCGUGACGCUCUAUGCCCAGGACGGGCAGGCUGUGGGUGCACAAACGCCUGUUCAACCGUCCACACUGGCGUCUCGUAUCGCUCGAAGGCACGCGGGCGAUGCCGAAGGCGAAGACAAAGUGCGUAAUCGUUUGUCGGUGCGCUACGCGUCAAGCCAAGUCGGUGCUGGGUAUGGUAGUGGCCUUCCGAUGCUUACACCGAUGACGGGUGUAACAGAAGAGGAGGAGCAUGAAGCAAAUGGAGUAUCUAGCGCUGCGCCAGCGCUAUCCUACUUCGGCAGUCCUACGGUAGCCCAUGCCGAUGGCGACACUAUGCCCAUGGCAAUAACAACCCCAACACAGGUAUCGGCUACGUGGGAGACAUUUGGCAAAGGACCAGAACUGGAUGCCAACACGUUUGCUAAGGAGGAUUUUGAUGCGCGCACUUUCGUAUCCACGCAGUUGCAGCAGCAGAGCGAAUCUGGCCUACGUGGUGUGAACGAGUCUUUGUCCAGGAUUCAGGACGAAACGCAAAAGCAGCUCAAGACGCAAGUAUUUAAAAACUAUGCCGAAUUUAUUACUAUUAGCAAGGAAAUUGCAACACUCGAGAACGAUAUGCUCGAGUUCAAAGACUUGUUGUCCGAGUGGAAGCAGCUGCCGCAGCAGCUCAAGAUUGAAGAUCCGCUGCGUGAAUUUGGUAUUGGAUCGCUGAAAGGGAACCGCAGCAGCCUCGUUGAUUUGGAGCAAAUAUACAAGGCGCAGAUCGCUGCUUUGUGGGAAAACAUUGAAGGCUCCCAAAAAUUUGUGCCGUACGCGCCGAACCGGCACUUGAUUGCGGAAACAAGCCAGUUUAUCGAGCUGAAUGCUGCGACGUACAAGCCAAAACAGGCAGUGGCUCUUUUUCUGCUCGAUAGUCUGCUCUUGAUUGCGGUCCAGCGCAGAAAACAUUACGGCAGUCAGGUCCAUCUCGUUGCGGAGCGUGCUUUUGGGCUCUCUGAAAUUGUUGUCGUGGACUUGAAAGAUACCAAGGAUUUAAAAAAUGCUUUGAAAAUCAAGCGCGGCAAGGAAGUGUAUGUGUACCGCACAGAACAAGUGCAGGAAAAGCGCACGCUCCUGAAUGCGUUCCGACGUGUGGGCGAAGAUUUGGCGAACAAGAUGAAGCUCGAGCGGAAGUCUAGAGACUCGGUGAAGCGCAUCGGAGAAGGAUCUAUUUCCGACGCACUCGGCCUUCCGGAAGACGUCUCGGCAAAGAAAACGGACGCGGAUAUGCAGACACUUGGCCCGUGGCUUAACACAGUGAUUGACGACUUGGCCGUGCACAUUGCCCUGCGCGAAUGGGAAGCAGCUGUAAGCUUGAUCGAGGAUGGGAAAAAGCGCCUCGCGAACCGCCCCGUUUCCGAGGGGCCGUUGUACCUCCUGGUCGAAAACUUCAACGUUUGUGCGAACGAAUUGGUCGGUGCAAUUAGUGCCGAGCUGGGGUCACCAUACCAGUGCAAGUCUAUCAUGGUCCGCGACGCCAACCUCUUGCUGCGCCUCGACAAAGGUCGCGAAGCGCGCGACCUUCUUCUUUCAGCGCGAUCUGAGCUCUUGCGCCGCCGCACGCGGCAGAUCAAGUACGAAGGGGACGUGAGUCUCUAUAUUUCCGAGCUUGCCAUGCUCUAUUUUACGCUCAUCAAAAACACGGGCGACUGGUAUAUGACUGCAUUUAAAGACUACAAGAUGGCGUCUGGGUUUGUUCAGUGGGCGUCUGAUCAGGUAAGGUCGUACGGAGAGACCUUCCGAAGGCAGGUCUACGGGGUGGACCAGGACCCUGACGUGGUCAAAGAAGCCAAAGAAAUCACCAUGAAUUGCGCUCAAAUUCUAAACGAUGUGGGACUGAAUUUGGCAUUUAUGCUAAUGGAACUGCUCCAGCCAUCGGAGCACCACAACGACUUCCCCAUUCUUUCCCUUUCUGUGGCCGAGGCAGAAGCGCAGGCCCAUAGAAGACGGCUGGAGCAGCAACUGCAGGCGUCGGAGCAGUAG